CGCUCCCCAGUAAGCCACCAGGCCAUGUGUGAUGGGUUGGGACGAUAAUAAUUAGCUGUUUAAGAAAUGCUAUACAUACAUUUGUCGGUAAACCUUUUCGUGUAUUCUGACAAUUCCCCUUCUUUCACAUCUGCUCCAACGAAUAGAACAACGAGAGGUCUAGAAGAUGAGUAGCACAAACCGAGAAGAAUUUCAGGAUUGCGUCCCAUCACAAGAGCAAAGCAUUACAGCCUCUACGACGUCAGCAAACAACCUAUUGUCGGAGGUAUCUCAGUUAUCUUUCAUCCCAACAUAUCCAAUCAAUACCCCUUCCACCCUUGUGGCCAGAGAUAUGUCCCAUUUCACGCUACGUUCUGUCCAAUCACUGUCAGCUGAUCUAUCUUCUCCAUAUCUGACCGCACCUGGUCAACCCGAGAGCUUCUUUUUAACAAGCCCGACUGGUUCACAAAUCGAUGAUUUAUAUUCCCCAACAGAGCCCAUGUAUGGGCCGGAUCUUUCAGUUGCAGAACAACUUGGAAUUACGCCCACUGAGGAGUCUUCUGGAAAACGUCCACCCGAGUACGAUGUGGAUAAAACAGAACGAGUUAGUCGAAGAAGAGCCCAAAAUCGCGCCGCCCAGCAAAAGUGCAGAAAUCGUCGAUUGGCUGAAUGGAACUCUCUCCUGUCCCAGAGAGAGACACUGAAAGCCCAAUUACAAGGACAACAGACCGUUAUUAGCUCGUUGGUCUCACAACGAGAUAAAGCCUGUUUUGAAAGGGAUGAAGCUCGGUCGAGGUGCGCAUGGCUAGAGAAGCUGUUGAGGGAAAGGGAGGUCCAAUCAGCCACAUGGCAAGAUUCUUGCAUUUUCCCAAAUGGUGAAUCUUAGGGUGACAAUGAGCCAUAAGAUAUAUCAUACGGGUUCCAACUUGACAUCGUGAUUCUUCAUAGUGAUGCAGCC